AAGCUUGGCUCUAAAUGAGAUCUGAUAACUUUUAGACAGUGCGAUCCACAUGGAGUCGUGUUAGCAAUAAAGAAUAAAUGAGAUUAUAUAAUUUGUGAAUUGACUUUUAUAUUGUUAUUAUACGAAAAGUUUGAAGUCGGUUAAGCUUUUUUAUCUUCAAACGACAAUUUCGAUGCAGCGCAAGAUAGCCCCGUGUUUAUGUCGCUUAAAUUAAAUUGCCUGUGUUGAUUAUUGUGACAUCGCUUUUUGUGUGUGCUCAAAUUUAUUACAGCGUUAACAUCAUCUGUAUGCGGUAUGUACUCUGUUUUUGGUUUUAAACGGUGUGAUUUACAAAAAAUCGGUCAACGUAAAUCAUGAGUUACGCGGACAACGCGUAGUCCGACGCCCACGGUGCCGUAAUAAAAUUAUAUUCCCAUAAAAAUCAAUAUAAACACCGUAACAAUCUAUAAAAAGCGCCACGAUUUAGCUUAACGUCUUCAUUAAGCGCAGCACGACCUCCUGCGCAGGUCUCGGUGCAAUUUCUCGGCCCUCGGCUGUGCCCGCAAUUUGCGUUGUUCGGGUCCCGAUUUGUCGGGGCCGCAAUUCUGAAAAGCGCCCGACAAUUUCUUGUACGGCAAUUUCCGAACGAGCGAUUGGCGCACUCGCAACCCGUUGUAAUUGAGGCUGUGGGGCAGGUCGCAAUUUUAAAAUUACCGCGAUUGAGUGCUCACCUCUUAUUGCAUACUUGCAACGAAACACUAAGAGCUUUUAAAUUUACGACUGAUUCCAGUAAUUUUCGUGGGAGAUUCAUUAAAUUGUUGUUUAAAAUGAUGAGCUGGUGCAGUCCUAUAUUAUUUCCUUGCUACAUUGUCUUUAUUUAUUUUCAAUUAUGCCCAUUUUAUGACUAGGUACAAUAAUGUUGAAAUAAUCUAGGUAAGCGUUUAUUGUUAUUGAUUUUUUACCUUAUAGCCUUAUACAUAAAUGAAUUUAUAUUUUAAACUGAAUAUUUUUGUGCCCUAUUAUAUUAAUUGCUAAUACUUACCUACCCUCCUUGGAUAUCAAUAACAGUAUUUUUUAAAACUGCAAAAGUAAUACAGAAACACCGGAUGUGUCUCAUUUAGCAAUUACAUAUACAAGGGGACCUAAUAACUUAAAAAAAGCUUAAUCGAAACAACAGUGGUGCGCCUGCGGUUCACAUUCUUGCCGGUAAUUAUCUGUUCUUUUCAGCCAGACCACUUCUAAACCGCUACAAUUCUCUAUUACCGUCACCUUUUUUUAUGAAAGAAAUAUAAUUGUACAACCUGAGCCGGUGCGUACAACAAGAUGAUUUAUAACUCGGGGCUAGUUAAUUGUAUUUUUCUCUCAAAAAACGUAGGGCAUUAUCUCGGGGCGCUCGACAGGUAACAAAUCUUGCUUUUUAAAUAUUAUUACUCAUCGUAUUCGAUUUGGGAGCGAGCGCGCUACGAAUGCUUUAUCACCACCUACUCGGCGUCCCGUGGCUCACGAUCUUUGGUCCCCCUAAACUUUAUUCAAAUGCGACACACAUUCAUCUAGCCGUCUCUCUCGCGCGCGCGGUCAUUAGUCACUACCCGCCUAUUGCCGUCUCGUACCCCACUAAAAUAGACUGUGUGCCCAAGCGCAAAGUGAUCGUGUCAAAACUUUUGUAUAGAGCCGGGUAAUGGCUUACGAAAUUUUUCCCCUACCUCGUGACUUUUUUGUGUAGUCGAGCUAGUGUGCUAGGGUUGUAAGGUUGUGUUAGUUAAAAAAUUGGGCCGCUUUUGAUAUGGGGUCCAUUGUGGCGUAGGUUUUUGUGCGAUGGCGGGCAGAUGCCGUCUCCGCGCUAGGUGAGUUCGGAACACGAUUCUUGUAUAUAUGGACAACAGUGUCAGUUGUAAACAAGGAUUUGUAUAGGCCAUACGUAUCGGACAAGUUUUCGCGGCACGAGAUUUAUCGCUCCUAUUACUUAAUUAGAAUUUAAUAAGAGGAUGCUUGGAUGAUAAUCCUUUAUCAAUUGUUUUAUAAUUUAUAGUGUUCCAACUAGAAACCAAAAAGAUUUUACGACUAAUUAACGAGUGUUCAAGUGGCAUUGGAGAUUGUUUGUAGUUGGUGAAACAGUGUCAACAUAAAUCAAUUAGUGAGUGGAUGAAGAUAUUUAUGAGGAUUUAAUUAUUCGUAAACAUAUUGCUGUAAAUCAAUUGGCGAGUCUCUUUUACGAUUCGCCGAGGAUCCGAUGAGGAGACACCGUCCGCCGCGUGAGCCGCAAGUGAGAUCGAUCGUGCCCGUGUAGUGAAUGGAAUCCGAAGUGUUUUUGUGGUGAUUGAACGGUGAUAGUGUCGGCCCGGGAGGCCGAAAAUCUGCAACGGAAGAUACGGACGUGAGCCGCGCGGGCUGCGGGCCCGCGAUGAGCGCCAACAGCUGCGAUAACAUGGCAUACUUCUCCAACGCAUACAUGCCAGACAUGCGGAACGGUGGUCAUGAGCACCAGCAGGCGCACGCGCACUACGGCGCGGUGCCGCAGCAGGGGCACGAGAUGGACGGCUGCGACCAGCAGCUCCGGCCAGCGCAACACCACUACCCGGCCCAACCAGCGCCGGGGAUGCCCUACCCUAGAUUUCCACCUUACGACCGGUUGGGUUACUACCCGCAAAUGGAGCAGAACGGUUACCGGCCGGACAGUCCGUCCCAAAUGGGUCAUAUGGGUCCUAAGGACGGGUACGGUCCGAACGGUCACCAAGCGACGCCAGCGUACACAUCCUGCAAGUUGCAAGCGGCGGCGGCGCCCGCGGGCGUGCCGGGUAGCCCGCCGCUCGAGCAGGCGCAGCAGAUGCCCCACCACAUGCACUCGCAGCAGCACAUGGUGCAGCACGGGGUGCCGGGGCACCAGCAGCACCUCAUGUACCCCGUGGACGACAUGCAGCACCAGACGCAGAUGCCGCCCAUGCACCAGCAGCCGAUGCAUGCGCAGCAGCCUCCCCCCCAGCAGCCCCCGCCUAACACCAACGCAUCGCUGCCUAGUCCACUCUACCCCUGGAUGAGAAGUCAAUUUGAAAGGAAGCGGGGACGGCAAACGUACACGCGGUAUCAGACGCUAGAGCUGGAGAAGGAGUUCCACUUCAACCGGUACCUGACGCGGAGGAGACGGAUCGAGAUCGCGCACGCGCUCUGCCUCACGGAGCGCCAGAUUAAGAUCUGGUUCCAGAACCGGCGAAUGAAGUGGAAGAAGGAGAACAAGACCAAAGGCGAGCCGGGCUCCGGAGACGAGCCGGACAACAUGAGUCCGCCCACCUCGCCGCAGUAGGCUCGCCCCGGGUGCGGCCAUCAGGCAGAUCUCUGUUUCAGAUUCCACUAAGGCCAUUGAACAGUUAGUUUUCGGUGUCCAUUUAGUUGUAACGUCGAAUCUUGAGUUUGCAUCAACGAGUGAUGAAUCUGAAACAAUCGAUCCAACGGCCGCUGUUACUAGAACAGUUUAAUUUGUAUAAAUUGUAUGUUGGACUUUUCAUGAUAAUAUUACAUUAUAACUAGCAUGUAACUUAGUGACAUCGCAUAAAGAGUAAUGAUAGUGUGAUGAAGAGAUUUUUGCAGUUGUUAAGUAUAAAUUUAUUUAUAGAACAAUCUCAAUACCAAUAAUUACCAAAAAAGCAGUGUAUAUGAUUAGUAAACUGCAUCGAUAUUAUGUGAUUAUUAUACAUGGAUAAUUAUCAUUUUGGUAUUAUCUUCUCAUUCACAGAUUGGCUAUUUAUUGAACUAUUUUUUGCAAAGUGCUUGAUAGUCUUCGUUAUUUAUUGUUCUAACUGCGACAUUCUUAAUAUAAGUUUCCGAAUAGCUAAUCUGUCAGGGUUUCUUAUAGAUUGCUUCGUACCUUCACGAAUAGGUAGAGAAGGUCUUUAUUUAUUUCUGACAUCAAGCAAUUUGCAAACAAUCUAAAUUCUCAAAGUUUUCGCAUGAUAUUGAAUCACAAAACCAUAAGGACCUCUUAUAAUUAACCAUUGAUAAGAAGGCAAUUAGUAACGAUAUUGUUAUUAUUUAAUAUAUUUGACGUUUAUUUCUAAUUGCUGUCGAAUUGCUAUUCUGUAAAUACGUACGUAAUAAUUUUUAGGGUUUAAAUAUUGUACAAUUGUUUUAGUGUGAAUAAUUUUAUUGAGAUUAAUUUUGAGAAACAACGAGUCGUUCAUUUUGUUAGCAUCGGGACCGAGCGCUGGUUUUGUGAAUCUCAGUUCGGUUUAUUUCUUUUAUACAUUCUUUGUAGUUUGGGAAGGCCAGUUACACGUGCAAUGUAUACGAUUUUCGAUAACACCAUAUACGUAAUUAACUGAUAAUAAACGUAAUAGGAAAUAUUAUAAUUAAUGUAAAAUGUUACGAGAAUGACGUUAAUAAUUUAGAAAAUUCUUAUCGAGAUUCUCAAUAUCCUUUGAUAAAAAUCUAUUACUCGGACGAAAUGAAUGUUGUGCCAUUCGAUGGAGAAUAAUUCUAAAAGACAUUUCAUUGUAGAAAACAUCAGGUGCAAAUCGCUACUUAAUAAUUUAUUAUUAAUGAAACAAAAGUUACCUUCAAUUUCGUAGGUACAGAGAAAGUUGAUAUAUUUCUUAUUUUGAAUCUUAUUGUGGAAUGGGUUGGUACGGAACGUCGUUCAUGUACACAGUAUACCAAAGUUAGAGAAUAAACUGGUGGGUGUCACGUCCGUAGACCCUCUAGCUAGGAGUAGCGACCCAUAUACAAGCGUCGAGAACACCUCACUCUAGUAAAAGGUAUUUUUAUAAAAUCAUUGCUUUAAGAAACCGAUAUACGUAAAGAAAAAUAUCGAACAUUGAAUAUAUUUACUCGUAACGAUAGUUUUACGAAUAUUUUAAAAGGAGAGUGAUAUACGAGGGGUGAGCUGUUGUCAGGAUUCUGGUUAUACGUGUUUCGUAAUAAUGUAAACUACUUGUAAAUUGAUUUUUCACGUAGGUUGUAACUAGUGAACGUUUUUACUAAGAACCCAGUGAGCCGGUUUCAUUUAUACAUAUUUUAAUUUUGUGCUGUGUUCGUUAAGUAAAUGUAAAUUGUAAUAAUUGUAUAUUGUCGAUAUAUCCGAUAUUUAUUUAUUGAUUCACUUAAUUUAGUUUUUCGUUGACUUCUAUCUUCUCUUGAAUCGGGUAAAGUUAGUUUUAGAACUGUCUGGCUAAGGGUGAAUUUUUGUUGUAUAAUUUCGACGUUUGCUCAAAAAAUAAUCUCGUGUUUGUGUUGUACAGUUGUUUGUAGUAGUAAGCGUUGUUUUGUCCAGAAAACUUGAAGCUAGAAUGUAUGUUUUGAAGAUAUUUUACAAAAUCUACAUCUGUAAGAAAUAGAAUGUGCAAUCCUAAAACUAGAACAGAAAUCCCUUGCCAGAUAGAGGUCUCAGUUUCGAAUUUGUCUUGGAACAUUUAUUUGAUGUAAAAUUAGGUUUAUGAGCAAAUUUACUAUUAAGUUUUGACGUUAGGUGUACUCAGAACUGUCCUUAAAUUUUUGGAAAUUGAAUCUUCACUUAGAGAAAAUCCCUGGUUAAAACGAUAUUAUUUACCUACCAGUUUAUGUCCAAUUGAUUCAAAAUUUAUGAAAUAUAACUAUAAUUAGUAACUUAAUAAGGUUAGGUGAGACGAUAUUGUCAUAAAUAUAUAAAUACAUGAAAUUAAUAAAGCAUAAUGAUUGUA